AAGUGCACCGUCAUGAAAAUUUGUAAAGGGCUUCGCUCUUCCAGAGUUCAAGUUCAAGGCGUUCGAUCCCUCUAGACAGUCGCCACACGAUGAGCUCCGUCUUCAAUUUGGAUCGCAGCCAGAGGCAGGCUCGGCUGGAUCCUGCUCUCCAAUCUCAGCUUGACUCUCCCAUCUUCUCGCUGUUGGACGACGACAUUGAUGAUUUCCAGGUCCCCCUUACCCAGACUACAGUUUCCCACAGCUCCUUUUGCUCCCAAGGACCCCUCAAUCCUUCCCGUCUUAAUCACCCCCAACCCAAGAGGCCCAGAUGCUCUGUUUCUUCCAGCUACCUCGGUAAGGAAAAUGAGGCCCCUUUGCCCUUUCUAAAUUCUGACUUCGAGGGAAAUUCGUCGUCCGUUAAACACAAAACCACUCGCGAAAGCGAUGAUACAUUGAGUUUCGCUUGCGAUACUCCUUUACUCGAUAAAGGGGUUUGUAGACGCGAUGAAAAGUGCGGUUUCGAUUUCGUUCCGUCAACAAUAGAUUGCGGCCAAAACGAGGCCGACCCUGAACCAGAAGACUGGGCAGAAGAUUCAGUCUCCGACGGGUGUUGGGCUUGUUCUUCUGAACCCGAUGACGAGAAUAAAUGGAAAUUAAAGGAGGGUUACUUUCGCAAUUCAAUAGAAUCAAAGUUGUUGGCAUCUCGAAGGGAAAGCUUCAACGGUGGACAUGGAAAAUCUUUGAAUGCAAAUGUGAACAACGAUUUUAAGGCUGCUUCGGAGCUCGAUCUGUUGCUGAAUUUUGGUUCUGAAUUAGACAAAGUUGAUGGCUCUGCGGCUGUGGCGUUUCCUCACCAUGAACGGGAUGGUUUACAUGCUAAUAGCGUUGGAGGAUUGAUUCAAUGUCCUCUCUGUGGCAUUGACAUUUCCGACUUGACCGACGAGCAGCAAAAUAUCCAUACCAAUGAUUGUAUCGACGAAGGGGAAAGUAAAGCUCAAGAUAUUACCCUUCCGGAGGAUGAGAUGGGUCCUCAACUCUUGCCAAAGGCUGCCACUUCCUCUCCUGUUGUUGAUUGGCUACAUAAUAUGGGUUUAUCAAAAUAUGAAGGUGUUUUCGUAAAGGAAGAAGUUGACUGGGACACUUUACAGUGGUUGACAGAAGAGGAUCUCUUGAGCAUGGGCAUUACAGCACUUGGCCCCAGGAAAAAAAUUGUGCAUGCUCUGUGCGAACUUAGAAAAGGAAUUGACUCUUCUAAUGAAAAACAAGAUGAAGGCCUUGUAGAGCCUAGGAGGAUUAAAACCCAGAGAGUUAAAUUGCAUAAUGAUCAAUCGGAAAGAAAAGUUGAUGAAAUCAGCAAAGCAGCUGCAAACAAAUUAAUUACUGAUUAUUUUCCAGGCUCUGUUACCAAUAGGAAGAAAGUUACUGCCAUUCCUGGUGAGCAGCAUGGAAUAAAAGGCAACAGUUCUGAUUCAGGUCGUAAGCUUAAGGCGAAAAGGCCAUCAACAAAUAGAAAGUCUUUCGAUAUUCCCUCAUGGUGUUGCAUACCAGGAACGCCUUUCCGGGUGGACGCUUUCAAAUAUCUAAGAGGAGAUUGUAGUCAUUGGUUUCUUACACACUUCCACUUGGACCAUUAUCAAGGGCUCACCAAGUCCUUCAAUCGUGGAAAGAUCUACUGCUCCUCCAUUACGGCUAGACUUGUAAAUAUGAACAUUGGGAUUCCGUUUGAGAAAUUACACGUUAUACCUCUAAAUGAAAAAAGUAAUAUAGCUGGUAUUGAUGUGACUUUUUUGGAUGCCAAUCACUGUCCGGGUUCCGUAAUCAUACUCUUUCAACCUCCCAGUGGUAAGGCUGUGCUCCAUACAGGGGACUUUCGUUUCAGUCAAGAAAUAGCAUCCAGUCCUUUCCUGCAGAUGUGUCCUAUUCAUACAUUAAUUCUUGAUACAACUUACUGUAACCCACAGUAUGACUUUCCCAAGCAAGAGGCUGUGACACAAUUUGUUAUUGAUGCCAUUCAGGCAGAGACUUUUAAUCCUCGGACUCUGUUUCUGAUUGGGAGCUAUACAAUUGGGAAAGAAAGGCUAUUCUUGGAGGUUGCUCGGGUGCUUCGUAAAAAGGUAUACGUGAAUGCAGCAAAGUUGAGGCUUUUGAAAUGUCUGGGAUUUGAGGAGGAAGACAUGCAGGGGUUUACUUCAAAUGAACAUGAGAGCAACAUUCAUGUUGCCCCUAUGUGGACGCUUGCAAGUUUCAAAAGGCUCAAGCACGUUUCAAGUCACUAUGCGGAUCGCUUCAGUCUUAUUGUGGCUUUCUCUCCCACGGGUUGGACAUUCGGCAAAGGUAAAAAGAAGUCUCCAGGGAGGAGGUGGCAGCAGGGUACCAUUAUAAGAUACGAAGUGCCGUACAGUGAGCAUUGCAGCUUUACAGAACUGAGAGAGUUUGUCAAACUGGUAUCUCCUGACACAAUCAUACCGAGUGUGAAUAAUGAGGGGCCAGAAUCUGCAAAUGAAAUGAUUUCCCUCCUGUUAUCAUGAUUUGUUGACAACAUCGUACCCGUUGGAAUUAUGAAAUCUCCUACGUUAGUAUAUUACAAAAUCUUAAACCAAUGUUUAAUGAUUGUACAAUUCCAUACA